CAGAGGGGCUCCGUAGGAUUGGAUUUAUUACUGUUAUUAUUUAUUUAUUUAACCUCAUUUAGGACCUGGCUAGUUUGUCCAUUUUAAAAAUACAAUGUGGCCCUCGAGCACGAAAGUUUGUCCACUUUUAUAAAUUCUGCCUAUAAGCAGUAGUUGCAAUUUGCAAUGUAGUGCAUCAUUAAUGCUGUAUUUUGCCCUUCAGCCUUGGUUUAUGGAUACACAAAUAUGUAUUUUAAAAAAAGCUCUCUGUGUGAUACAAAGCAGUCAUACACCUCUGCACACAACCAGAAUAACAUAUUGUUGGAUUUUAAUACGUACUUGAGUACCUCUGACACAAAGUCGCACUUGGGGAAACUAUGACGCAGCGGAAGUCGUCAAAUGACGUAGCUGGUUUUCGGCUUUUCGAGCGGGACGGUGGUGUUGUGAAACUCCUUAAAAGUUUUCAAACUACGAGAUACUUUAUUGUACUUGCUCAGUUUAUCGAAUAUGGCCUUCCAACCGGAAGCAGACCUCCCACCUAUGCUGACCAGUUUGAACUUUGCUCCUUGUGCAUCCGGAAAUUCUUUUCUUAUAAGCUUCAAUGUCCAGUUUGCAAUGCACAAGCCACAGAACAAGAUCUGCAAAACAACCGUUUACUGGAUGAGUUGGUGAUAAACUUUCAAGCUGCAAGACAGCAAUUGUCAAAAACAUAUUUUGACUCUCCACCAAUAUCCCCAAAGAACCCAGCAUCAGUCAAAUUUAAAGCACCCAUAGAAAAAGGCCAGAAGUGCAACAGCUCUGUUGUGAGUCACUUUUUCCAGAAAAGGCCCAGAAAAUCUGGCAAAGCGGACCAGACUGGAUGUACACGCUAUGCAAGUGACACUGACCCACACUUGACCACUGUAAAGGAAGAGCCUAUGGAUGUGGGGGAAGCAUCGAUGCAGGACGUGGUGUCAGUGAAGCCAGUAGACACAGAAUUACACAGAAUGAGCACCGAGGAAGAGAUGCCACAUUCUUCUUCAUCCCCGCCAAAAGACGUGAAGCCUGUAAUCAAAGUGGAGUGCCCCGUGUGCUCUAUACGUGUAUCUCAGCCCUUCAUCAACAAACAUCUGGACAUGUGUCUCAUAAGCGGAGAGAAGAAGGAAAGCUUAAGGAGCUCCCUUGGCAAGGCAAGGCGCCCAAUGGGGAAGCUUGUAUACAACCUGCUUUCCCAGACACAGCUGAAGAGGAGGCUCAAGGAAUGCCACCUUUCAGUGAAAGGCAACCGAGAUCAGCUGAUCAAAAGGCACAAGGAGUUUGUGCAUAUGUAUAAUGCACAGUGUGACUCUCUCAACCCCAAAUCAGCUGAAGAAAUUGUUAAAGAGGUGGAAGCCAAUGAGAAGAUCAAAAAUCAGCUACAGGACAAAGCUAAACCUGUUAUGGUUUUCUCAAAGAAUCACUCUGAGAAGGAGAUUGAUGAUGUUCACUCAACGUACAGAAAGCAGCACAGCAGCGACUUCUCUCGACUGGUUGCCCAGGUUCGUGGUCGCCUAGAUACAACCAGGAAGACUCUGAUAAAAGAUGAUGCGGCAGCGGCUGGAGGCGAGGAUGUAGAACAAACACCUUCGGCAGUUCAAUUUCCGACAUCUUUGCGCCAGAACCUUUGCAAACUGAUUUCAUUGAGGACAAUGGGCUGUGCGGUUGAUUGGCUCCGUGUGGACCUGAAGAGCACUUUCUGGACCAAUGGCGUACAGGGGGAGGGCUUGGUGGCCCCGGGCAUCCAACUUAGGUGCCACAGAGAGGACUUCUGUCAAAAAGCGGUCGUCUUGCUCCCAGAAAUCCAUCGCUGCUUCAUCGACUGCUUUGGGGAAACGGCACCGUAAAACAUGAAAAGGGAUUUAUUGAAGAUGGAGGACUAAAGUCUGCCCACAUUCAAGACAAAACUUGAUGGAAUUGGAAGAAUUAUCAAGAACUUUUUUGUAUGUGAUGUCUUUUUUUAACUUCAUGUGAUUUGUGUUUAAAUGUUCGGCAUUUAAACACUUUGUUACUUUGCAAUCCACUGUGUGUCUCUCUCCGUUUUAUUAACAACACCAAUUCCACUGAAGUUGGGACGUUGUGUAAAACAAAUAAAAACAGAACACAAUGAUUUGCAAAACCUUUUCCACCUAUUUUCAAUUACUACAAAGACAUUUGAUUUUCAAAGUGAGACUUCGUUCAAAAUGAGAAUAUUUGCAAAAAAGAGCAAUGUUCAUCAAUUUGAAUAUUACAUAUCUUGUCUUUGUAGUGUAUUCGUUGAAUAUAGGUUGAUUUGCAAAUCAUUGUAUUCUGUUUUAUUUUUUUAAAGUUUUCUUUUUUCUUUUUUUUUUUUUACACACCAUCCCAACUUCAUUGGAUUUGGGGUUUGUACAUUGUGUAUGCUGCUCAUUGUUUUUACAUUAAAUUGGUUUCAAAAUUCCAA